UUGAAUGUGAUGUUUAAAAAAUAAAACUACCUCCUCAUGUACUCUGAAAACCUCAUUUUCAAACUAGUGCUUGCAUUUGCUUCCAUGCAAUGCGCUUCCCAACAAUUCAAUUAGUUUCAAAGCUCCCUAAUUGGAUAUUAAGAAUCAGGGAAUCUUCAUCUAAUGGGAAAUGGGAAGAAGUGUUUUCCCACUAUAACCAAAUGAAAAAAACUGGAAUUCAACUAACAGACCCAUCAGCUUUCCCUCCCAUUCUCAAAGCAUGUUCAAACCUCUCCAUCAGACAUGGAAAGUCUAUACAUGGAAGCUUGGUUCAACAGGGGUUUGAAUUGUUCACUUCAAUUGGUAACUCCACUAUGGACUUCUAUAUGAAAUGUGGAGACUUGGGUUCUGCAUUAGUUAUUUUUAACUGCAUGAACAAGGAUUCAGUUUCUUGGAAUAUAAUGAUAUAUGGGUAUCUUCAGAAAGGAGAUUUACAAGAAGGGUUGCUAUGGUUUAUGAGUGCAAGGGUUGAUGGGUUUGAGCCUAACACUUCCACCUUGGUGCUUGUAAUACAGGCAUGUCAUAGUCUUAGAGCUAAACUUGAAGGACUGCAGGUACACGGUUACAUUUUUCGAAGUGGGUUUUUGGCCAUUCCUUCAGUUCAGAACUCUUUGCUGAGUUUGUAUGCUGAUUCUGACAUGGUGAAUGCACAGAAAAUGUUUGAUGAAAUGCGUGAAAAAGAUGUUAUCUCUUGGAGUGUGAUAAUUAGUGGUUAUGUGCAAAAUGAGGAAGCUCAGGUUGGUUUGCAGGUGUACAGAGAGAUGGUUUUUGAGGUUGGCAUUGAGCCAGAUGGUGUAACUAUGGUGAGUCUCCUUAAAGCAUGUGCUAGUUUAGGGGACUUGAGUAUAGGAAGAAUGGUUCACGGGUUAGUGAUCAGUAGAGGUUUCGUUUUUGAAGUGUAUAUUGGGAAUUCUUUAAUUGAUACGUAUUCUAAGUGCUACGAUGCCGAAUCUGCCUUUAAAGUCUUCAAUGAGAUGUCUCAAAGGAACAAUGUCACAUGGAAUUCUAUAUUAUCUGGAUUUGUCCUAAAUAAGAAGCAUUUGGAAGCUUUGUCAUUGUUUUAUUCGAUGGUGAAGGAAGGAAUUGAGGCAGAUGAGGUGAGUCUAGUCAAUAUUCUUCAGACAUGCAAGUUUUUUGUGCAGCCAUUUCACUGCAAGUCAGUCCACUGUGUAAUAAUACGGUGGGGAUAUGAAUCAAAUGAAUUGGUGCUAAAUUCUCUAAUUGAUGCUUAUGGAAAAUGCAAUCUUAUUGAGCUGGCAUGGGAACUUUUUGAUGGGAUGGAGAGAAGAGAUGUUGUUUCUUGGAGCACAAUGAUUGCGGGGUUCACCUAUUGUGGCAAGCCGGAUGAGGCAAUAGCUGUUUUCCAAGAGAUGAUCUAUGCACAAGAGAAGCUCAAUGUGGUUACCAUUAUCAAUCUUCUCCAGGCUUGUUCAGCUUCAGCUGAACUGAGAAGGUCAAUGUGGGCUCAUGGAAUUUCAAUUUACAGAGGCUUGGAUGCAGAAGUAGCAGUUGCAACUGCAAUUGUUGAGAUGUACUCGAAGUGUGGGGCAAUAGAAGACUCAAGAAAAGCCUUUGAACAGAUUUCUGAUAAGAAUGUUUUUUCAUGGAGUGCCAUGAUUGCAGCAUAUGGCAUGAAUGGCUUUGCACAUGAAGCCUUAACUUUGAUUGCUGAAAUGAAAAAACAUGGAGUGGAGCCAAAUGCUGUGACAGCUCUUUCAGUGUUAUCUGCUUGUAGUCAUGGUGGGUUAAUUGAAGAGGGGCUUGGUUUUUUCAAUUCAAUGAUUAAAGAUCACAGGGUUGAGCCUGGAUUGGAGCAUUACUCAUGCAUGGUUGACAUGUUGGGUCGAGCAGGACAAGUUGAUAGUGCAAUUAAUUUAAUCAAGAAGAUGCCUGAAGGUUUUGAGGCUGGUGCAAGUAUUUGGGGGGCACUUUUGAGUGCUUGUAAAAGCCAUGGGAACAGCAAGCUUGGCACAGGAGCCAUCUCUCGUGUUCUUGAGUUGGAGCCUUUAAAUUCAUCAGGUUAUUUGCUUGCAUCAAGCAUGUAUGCAUCGGGUGGAUCAUUUGUUGAUGCUGCGAGGAUGAGAAGGUUGGUGAAGGAGAGAGGUGUGAGGGUUGUUGCUGGGUACAGCUUGGUGCAUGUAAAAAACGGGGCGUGUAAAUUUUUAGCGGGGGACAAGUUCACCCCACAAGUUGGUGAGAUACAUAGUAUAGUUGAUCAACUGCAUGGUUGUAUGAAGAUUGAUGAGAGUUUAGCAGUCAUUGAAUGCUGAAAUACAAAAUUGUCAAUCUUAUUUUUCCAACGGCAUAGAUUCUCUCCCAUUAAGAACGCUAAGAAGGUUGGUACCAAGCAUGUGAGAGUUUCAUCUAAGGACUAAAGGUUGAUAAAAUCCCAUUCAAUGCUCAAUUUUAUGGGAAAGGGUUCAGUUGUUUAUACGCAUAACCAUCAACAAGGGAAAAAGAAGGCAACGGACUGCAUAGUUGCACACUAAACUAUCGAAAAGAUUGUACUCAUUUUGUGGCAAUCUAGAAUUGAAUUUAAAGAACGCCUAAAAUGACUAAAAUAUUUGUUUGAUUUGGCUUAUUUUCAAUGGUUUAUU